AUGGAGGGGAGGGAGAAGAGGAUGACCAAGAAAGCUACCUACCAUCUUCUCCAACAAAUCUAUUACAAUCCGGAGCAUCCAGCAGCCUUGGGGGGAGUGGACAAAUUACUCCGAGCGGUACGCUCCAAGGGAGUAAGUCGUGCCCAAGUGGAGGCGUGGCUCCGGACCCAAUCCACCUACACGGUCCAUAAACCCUAUAGGCGACGGUACUCGCGCCAACGAGUGAUCGUGAAUGGAAUGGAUGAGCAAUGGCAAGCGGAUUUGUGUGACAUGCAAGCGUAUAGUUCGGUGAAUGAUGGAUACAAAUACAUACUCACCGUGAUUGACAUAUUGAGCAAAUAUGGGUGGGCUGUCCCUUUGAAAGACAAGACAGGUCCUCAGAUCGUUAAGGCGUUUGAGGGAAUUUUCAAGGGUGGACGUCAACCUGAAAAGCUUCAGACAGAUGACGGGACUGAGUUCAAGAACCGAACAUUUCAAGCGUUCCUUAAAUCGAAGGGGAUCCAUUACUUCUCCACGCGCAGUGAGCUAAAGGCCUCUGUGGUGGAACGGUUUAAUCGUACCCUUAAGACUUGGAUGUGGCGUUGGUUUACUCAUAAGGAGACCCGACGGUAUAUUGAGUUGUUACCCGAGCUGGUCGACAACUACAACCACUCCUACCACCGUAGUAUUCGUCGUGCCCCAGCGGAUGUAGUUACGUACGAUGAUGCUCAGGAGGUAUGGGGUGUCUUGUAUGGAGGUAAAAAGACGGGUGUGAAGCCCAAAAAAGCGAAAAAGAGACCAUUACCAAAAUUCCAUGUUGGGGAUAAAGUGCGAAUCAGUAAAGUCAAACACAUCUUCGCCAAAGGGUACACCCCAAACUGGACGGAGGAGGUGUUCACGGUGGGCCAGCGGUACAAUGACCCAAAACAGAAAGACUAUGCGUACCGUCUUCGUGAGUACGACGGGUCGUGGUUAGAGGGGCGGUUUUACGAACCUGAACUGCAACCUGUCCACAUCGACGAGGAGGGGGAGCUGUACCGCAUCGAAAGAGUAGUCAAGUCACGUGGGAAGGGGAGGGGUAAAGAAUACUUUGUGAAAUGGCGCGGGUGGCCUGCUAAGUACAACAGUUGGGUGUCUGCUGAGCAAAUGCAUAAAAUUGCGUGA